AUGAGAAAGCCCCAAACGUCAGGCAGCUUUGGAGCAGAGCUUGUGGAGCACCGCACAGAAAAUAAACAGCAUUUGCAAGUUAAUAACAUGUUCACCAUGAUGACAUCACUCAUACAAGAAUUGUACCAUUGCCACAAAAACGCUAAUGCAUGCGGGGCACUAAAGUUAGCAAUUAGCAAAUGCAAGGGUCUAAGAGCGGCUGACGGGCGGCGCGCGACUGGGAUUGGGACGGACGGCGAGGGCAUAUUUAGUGAAGAUGACGAACGGCAAGGGCCGAGUGCAGCGGAUGAAGAUUGUUACGGCGACGAGCGGAUUAAGUGUGGCGGACGACUAGGGAUUGGGACGGACGGAGGCCAAGUGCGACUAGAGCUUCUAUUGAUUUUGGGCAAGACGAGAGUUAGGAAGACGUCGGACGGCAAGGGCCGAGUGCGGCGGAAGGCGAAGGCCGAGUGCGGUGGACGGCGAUUGUUACGGCGACGGGGGGCGUGA